AUGGAGACUCGCCAGAAGAGGGACGGGAGCAGCGGGACAGCGAACUUACCAGUGAAGAGGACAUACGGGGCGGACCUGGGUCUGGGUGGCCCCGGAACAUUGAGGGGUGGCCUUAUGGAAGGACCCCGUUGCGGCGGUACUCAGUACGCUCAACGCACUGGGAAAACUGUCCCGGGGAUCGAGGCGACGGCUGGUGACGGCAGGAGUGGCCAUAAAGGCGGCGCAUUGCACGAGGAGAAGAAAGGGGCGUCUUUGAUUGUCUCAGCCAUCAACGAUACGUCCGGUCAAGGAAGCGUAGACGAAAAGGCGAUUGGUUCCUUAAUGAGAUACAAGUACUUCGUAGGACUCAGCAACGUAAGCCUUUCAACACACAAACUCGCAAAACAAACCACGGAAUUCUUAACCCAUUCCGCGAGCCUGGCUGUUGAUGGGAAUCCCAACAGUGUGGAUACGAACUGUACCCACACCGCCGGUGAGCCCAAUGACUGGUGGAUGGUGGAUUUGGGACGAGUGUUCCAGGUGACGACUGUUAACAUUAUCAACCGGCUUGAUGAAUGCAAUUGUGGUGAUCGCUUGGAUGGUAUCAUUUACGAGGUUGGGAUUACAUUAGACUCGUGGGAGGAAUGUGGACGGUUCGAUGGACCCGGUAUCGGUCGAUUAGAGAUAAACAUAACAUGCCAUCGUGCCAUGUACGGACGCUAUGUUCGUAUACGCAAGUUAAAUCAAAAUGCUUUAUCGUUAUGUGAAGUAUUUGUUUAUAGUUGA